UUCUAGCCGCUUAAAUUGAGAAAGCUAGAAAGAAUUUUCUCUAACCCACCUCUAAUCCGCACCUUUUCUCAUCAACAAAACCCCUGUCCUUUGUCUGCCAAUCUGCCCUUCUUUGAUUCAACUUUAUCCUGGAACUAAUAGAUUCGACCCGUGACAAUUACAAGAAGAAGAAGAAGUAGUAGAGGAGAUGAAAGGUUUGAAGGGAAGAUUCCUAAAGAAACUGAAAUCCAUUCGUCCCGUCACUUCCUUGAAACCAGAACGAAUUCUUCAGGUAAACGCCUCAGAUGGAUUCUUAGAUUCCUUCUUUCCCCACUGUAACAACCGGGUACCUCAGAAUCCACCCAUCUGCAAAGAACAAGAUGACAAGAUCAAUCAAACUAAUCUUUCCAAGCUGGAACCCGAAAUUAUUAACAUCUCGGAGCUCAUGAAAGACCUUGAAGAAGACGAGGAAAUGGACUCUCAGUUGGGCGAAGACGAUGUUGGCGACAAAGAAAAUAUUGGGCUCUCAGUAAAGCCGAUACACACGUUUUCUAUGAAGCAAAGUCGAAAUCCAGAGGCAACCAUCAUCUUACCAGAGCCCGCAAGCUGUCAUCUUCGCAAUGGCCCAUUGUCGGAGCUGGACGUGUCAUCUCUCCGGCGACCUGACCCUCCACCUGUCGAUCACAAUUCACAGAUUCAAGAGUCAUCAUCACAGUCUGCAAUACGUCCAGGCCCCUUGUCAGAGAUCGACAUCUCCUCUUUCCGGCGACCAGAACUGAAUUCAGAAAGCCACUUUGAUCCCAACCUUCUUACAGCCUUUGAGCAGGGAGCGAUGGAUCACAUUAGAGCCCAUGAAGCUGAGAGAAAAGCUAGAGUUAUUGCGGUAAUGGAUACGAAAGAAAGAAAAGCUGAACCUGAAUCUCCAUCGAAAUCUUGCCGGAUGGAAGAGAAACUUCUCUUAGAAUUCGAAGAGAAAUGCCCACCCGGAGGAAGUGACGCUGUAAUUCUGUACACGACAAGCCUUCGAGGGAUAAGAAAGACAUUUGAGGAUUGCAAUAGCAUCAGGUUUCUGUUGGGAAGCUUCAGGGUUUUGUUCUAUGAGAGAGAUGUGUCGAUGCACUUGGAGUUCAGGGAGGAAUUGUGGAAGAUCUUGGGAGGCAGAGUAGUCCCUCCGAGGUUGUUCAUAAAGGGAAGGUACAUUGGAGGAACUGAAGAGGUGGUAGGCUUGCACGAACAAGGCAAAUUGAGGCAGCUCUUGCAGGGAUUUCCAGCUGAUCAGACCGACAGCCAGUGCGAUGGGUGCGCCGGAAUACGGUUUGUGCUCUGCUUCAAUUGCAGCGGCAGUCGGAAGAUCAUUCCCGAAGUGGGGGAAGAGGAGGAGGAGGAGGAGGGGUUGCCCAUUAGAUGCCCCGAGUGCAAUGAGAAUGGAUUGAUUAUAUGCCCUGUUUGCUGCUGAAGAAUUAUCUCUGGCUCUCUCUCUCUCCCCUUAUUUUCUACUCUGAUCUUACUCUGUUUUUGUUCCCUUCUUUAUAUUUCUUUCGUUACAGAUUAUUUCGAUUCAUGAAGUUUGGAGUAAGAGAUUUGGAGUUGUGUUCAUGUGUUAUUUACAUUUUGUCUAUAGCAUCAUGGGAUUAAAAGUAAACUUAACAUU